GAGGCGAAGAGGAGAGGAAGCGGCGCGCACGGAGAACCGGAGUGUGGAUGCUCAAUACGCGCAACACCGACUCCGCGUAAGGACCCAGCUGCUUUGGUUCCCAGGCUCGAUCUAAAGGGUCCGUUUUGACCUCAUUUACCAAGAAACUUUUUUACAAAAAUGAUGCUGUGCUACGUUGUGGGUUGGAGUGACCAGUCAGCACCAGAGAAAUAGCUGCGAAUCUUUGCGUUACAAGCGAGAGGAGCUUUUUUUUUAUUCUCUCCCAUCAGCUCUAUCACGGUCACAUCUCUCCGGAUUCAUCUGUUUAAUCUACAUUGAUCAUAACCAUGGACUUCUUCGGACUAUACUUUCUGCAGCUGGCACUGAUUGGCGGCGUUGGCGUGGCUCUGGGCUCCUCUGGGUGGGACUGCCUGCGGGCGGGUGACACCUGCUCCAGUGAUGACAGCUGCAGCCCACGUCUGCGGACCCUCAGACAGUGUGUGGCGGGGGACGGCAGCGUCAAACUGGGCCCCGGGGCCAGGAGCCAGUGCGAGAACGCCAUGACGGCUCUCCUGGCCACGCCCCUCCACGGCUGUCAGUGCAAAAGAGGCAUGAAGAAGGAGAAGAACUGCCUCAGCAUCUACUGGAGCCUGCACCAGUCUGGGCUCGUGCUGCACGGUCUGAGCCUGGUGGAGGACUAUCCCUAUGAACCAGAGGAGAGGGGCUCUGACUACGUGAGACUGGCCUCCAUCGCUGCAGAAUCGGAAGUAACGACAGUAAACCGCUGUCUGGACGCGGCCAAAGCCUGUAACAUCGACGAGACCUGUCAGAAGACGCGCACGGAGUACGUAUCGGCGUGUAUCCAGCCCUCCGCCCGCUCUGGACCCUGUAACCGGCCGCGCUGUAACAAGGCGCUCAGGAAGUUCUUCGACCGCGUUCCUCCGGAUUACACCCACGAGCUGCUGUUUUGCCCCUGCACGGACACGGCCUGCGCGGAACGCCGGCGACAGACCAUCGUACCCACCUGCUCCUACGAGGAAAAGGAGAAGCCCAACUGCCUGGCCCAGCUGCGGGUGUGCAAGGCCGACUAUGUGUGCAGGUCCCGCUGGGCUCAGUUCCAGUUCGACUGCCAGCCCUCGGACCUCAGCUCCAGCGGCUGCCGACAGGAGAACUACGGGGCCUGUCUCCUCGCCUACACCGGACUCAUAGGAAGCACAAUCACUCCAAACUACCUGGACAACUCCACCUCCAAUGUGGGCCCAUGGUGCACCUGCGCUGCCAGCGGCAACCACCGGGAGCAGUGUAACGACUUCCUGGAGUUCUUCCAUGACAACGUCUGUCUCAAAAAUGCCAUCGUGUCCUUUGGUAACGGCUCAGAUGUGAAGUCCGGCUCCAGUCCGCCCGGGAUUGCCAGCCUCGCCCCUGGCAACCACAACCCACACCUGGUAACGGUCGCCCCCGGAGUCUCCAUGGAAACAGAGCAGAGCAUCCUCAGAGCACAGAUACCUACUCAGGUAAAUGAAAACGACAGAUUGUGGGGCGAUGAGGAAGACUCUACUCUGCCCUCUCCUGGACUGUCCGAACACGGCGCAGCACCUCUUCACGUGGGCGGGGCUCUGGGAUGGCUCCUCCCUCCCGUGCUACUGCUGCUGCUGCUACUGUCCCACCAAUAAGACGCCAACUCGCUCCCUCCUCUGAGCUGAACUGUAAACCAGGCGGAGGGAGGGCAAAGACACUCAACCAAACUGGAGCCAUUUGUACGAACCCAGUGUGUCCCACCACCAUCCUCCUCCUCCGCACCAUCACUUCUCCCCCAUCCACCAACGGGACGCCGCUGAAGGAGUCCCGACCAAUGACAAUGCACAUCACCAAAAACAAGGAACUAAACAGGAAGUAGUACCCGCCCAUUUCCUGCUUCAUACGCUACCCAAACUUUUCCAAAACAUCUACGAACCGGUGGAUUUGUAAUGUGUACAGAUAAGACACUGAAGAGACAGUGCCCGGGACUCUGUCAAUAACAAAAAAAAAUCCUUAAAAUCAACAAAAAAAAUCUUAUUUUUGUCCGAGAACAUUCCUUGGUGUCAAAUACGAAAUUGUAUAAUGAACAUUUGAACUGUGCUGAGAAACCCCACGCAAUUUGAAAUGUGUUUUGUCUACGCGGCUUACGACUCCUCUUAUUUCUACGCUUGUUUUUUCCCUUUACGUUUUUUUUUUUUUCUUACAAAAUUAUAAAUGCACAAACUUAGAUGGAAGCACAGUCACCGAUACUUUUGAGUGUAUGUCGUGUUUUAAGUUGCGAUGGAGAGUUCCUUUUAAAACCUAUCUAUAUAUAUAUACGACUAAAUGUUUAAUUCAAAAUAAUUCUUAAAUGUCGCUUUUAUUUUGAAAGACUAGGACCUAAUUUCCUGAAGUCACUAAUAUUGGAUACCUCACUUUGUUAAGGGACUCUUCAUGUUUUCUUUGUUGAGCUUUAAGUGUGAGAGAGUGACCAGUUUGUUAAGAAAUGUACAAAAAUUGCUAUGUGGUUUUGGUGGCGAUAUAAAGACGAGUUUAUAUUUUUAACUAUAUGUGGACUCAGUGGAUACAGA